AUUAAGCUUCGUAGUAGUUCACAAAAGAAAUAAUUUAUAUUUUUCCGAAACAUUUCUUUAGAAUGGCAAAGGGGAAGAUGAAAAUUUUGUCAUUACUAUGCGUUUACUUUGUGGCAACCUCAGUGAUCGCUAGAAAUGUGAGAGAUGACAAUGAGAAGACUGGGUUAAUUGGUAAGGGUGCUAAAAUUGGAGGUGGCGUCGGUGGCACCAUUAGCGGUGGUGUAGGGGGAGGUGUUGGUGGUAGAAUUAGCGGUGGAACCGGAGGUGGUGUAGGUGGUGGAACUGGAGGUGGUAUAGGCGGUGGAGCUGGAGGUGGUGUUGGUGGUGGAGCUGGAGGUGGUGGUGCAAGUGUUGGUGGAGGAGUCAGUGGUGGAGCUGGUGGUGUUGGUGGUGGUGCAAGUGUUGGUGGUGGAGUCAGUGGUGGAGCUGGUGGUGGUGUACGUGUUGGUGGAGGAUUCAGAAAAGGUGGUGGAAUACACCAUCACUAAGAUUUAUUAAUGGUGAAUGUAUUUAUAUUCGUAUGACGUUCUUAAGAUAAAUACUACACAUAGUAUAUGCACAUGACCUCUGGUCGUUGCUAAAGCUUACAUAAUUAUUGCUUUAAAUGGAAUAAAACCAAAGAUUAUUGGGUUUGCUGUUUGUGCACAAGUAUGUUCAUGCUCAUUAAUUAUGUAUUUUUCCAAAUUAGUCUACAAAAUGAACUAAUUAUCAAGAU